AUGCUUCCUACAGAAAUGUUCAUUUAUGGUCCUGUUUUGUAUGAACUGAAUAUGGAGAAACAGAAUGGUUCCAAAUCAGCAAAUGGGUCAGACAAGGCUCCAUACUAUCAUCCUAUGUAUUCACCUUAUAUGCAGAGCAGGCUUAGACUCAUAGAAGGAGUGAGGAUCAGAGGAAAGAAUGUUAACAACAUAAGAUAUUCAUAUGACACAACAUUACUAGCAAAAACAAGCAAAAACCUGGAGCAAUUGCUGUCGGCCCUUGCAAAACCAUUCGAAAAUGGACAGUAUUUGGACAUCUAUGGAAUUACAAGAGACCAAGCUGGGGAAUAUGAAUGCAGCGCUGAAAAUGAUGUCUCAGUCCCAGAUGUGAGAAAAGUAAAAGUCACAGUAAACUUUUCCCCAACAAUUCAGGAAAUAAAAUCGAGCGGAGUGAUGCUUGGGGGGCCUGGAUUCAUAAGAUGCGAGAGUGCAGGUGUUCCUUCCCCAGCUUUUGAAUGGUACAAAGGAGAAAGGAGACUGAUCAAUGGACAACAAGGGAUUACUAUUAAAAGCUAUAGUUCAAGAUCAUUUUUAAAUUUCAACAAUGUGACAGAGGAGCAUUUCGGCAACUAUACAUGUGUCGCUGCCAACAAACUAGGCACAACCAAUGCCAGCCUGCUUCUUAACCCUCCAAGUACGACCCAGCUUGGGAUCACCGGAGGUGCUGAAGUUCUAUUGUCCUGCUGGUACCUUGUCUUGACACUGUCCUCUUACACCAGCAUAAUGUACCUGAAGAACAUCAUUCUACAAUAAAUGUAAAGAACCAUGAAAAGCUUUUAAGGAUUCUUUGAACGUGCUGAUGACUGGAUCCAAUCUGGUAGAGUUUGUUAAAAAGCGGCGUGGGAUAUAAUCAGCAGUGCUUAUAUGGGGAUGAUCGCCUUCUGUAGAAUUGCUCAUUAUGUAAAUACUUUAAUUCUACUCUCUUUUUUUAUUAGCUGCAUUACCUUGUGAGGAAGUACACAUUGUCCUUUUUUCUUUUCUUUUUCUUUCUUUUUCUUUUUCUUUUCUUUUUUCAAAGACGUGAAAACUCUAAAAUUACUUUUAGAGGUUAUUAAUUGUGAGUUCAUGUUUGUAAUCUAUAACUUUUCAAAAGCAUUCAGUCAUGGUCUGCUGAUUUGCAGGCUGUAGUUUACAUAAAAAGAACCCAAAUAUUGCAGUUAAAAAAAAAGUGAUCUUUAAGGCUGCAAUACAAGCAUUCAUUUCCCUCUUUAAAUAAGAUUCUAUCUCAAUUGACACAGAAUCCUCUUCUUUUAAAACAAAAAAACCCUAAAUGAUAUUGCCUUGGAUUCAUUUCUUCAAAAAUAGAACACAUAUCUAGAUUUUCUUCUAGCAUGAGACUCAGAUUUCAAGAAUGAGCUUUGUAAUAUGACUGCACCGUGCAGUUAUGCUAUAAUUUUGAUUUCCUUGUCAGUUCAGCAUGGGUGUGCCUUCAUAAGAUACUGCUUUUUCUUCCUCUCAAUCAAAUGGGAGAUAUAUAAAUAAAUAUAUAUAUAUUUUGGUAGAUGCUAUGCUCAAGGGUAUCAAUCUCUUCUUAAGGAUAAAGGUGCUAUUGGUUGUAAAAUGAAUGCCACCAGUGGGGUAAUGGGACGCUUGCAAACAUUGAGCACAGCAGACAGAGUUAAUAGAUGGAACUUACAACAUGUAUUCAGAAUCUGUACAAAAAAACCAGCAGAUAUCUCUCAAAGACUUCGUUGUGAAUGUAACAUUAUCCCUGUGUUCAUUCCAAGUUUAGAAGUUGUAAAAUGAUGCAUAGAAGGUGACCAUCCCUUUAUUGUUUUGUUUUAUAAUUAGUGACCAAUUCCACAUCUCAGUAUGGUUCUUCCUGUUGAGUUUAUACUGUAUCAAGCUGGUUCAUGUAUAGAACAUAGUGCUUAGUUAUGAAAAACCUUUUAAAGGGUCAUUUUUUUUCAUGGUACACACACGUGAAAAAGAGCAAUCAACUAUUUAGAUUUUGCUAGUAUACCACUAUUAUUUUAACAUUUUUCCCUAAGUCAAUUUGCAUAAACAAUAAACCAGGGUGCUCACAUGCCUCUUGUGGCCCAGUGAUAUAUGUGAGCCCUAUUUCCACCUGUUGAUGUUUGGGAGGUUCUGUAAAUGUGUUGUAACAUUAUGAUGCCACACAAUGUGGGAAAGAUUAUGGAGAAACCCAUCACUCUAAAAAAAAGAGAGAUUAAUAUGUCUUAUAGAACAGUGCUUCUUAAACUUUCUGAUGGGGGGGAGCAAUAGUUUCCCCCCCCCCCCCAGUGUGCCAGGCAUAAGUGCCAUAUUUGUGUCCGUUGGCUAAAAUUGUUUCUUUCUUCCUUCCUUGGAAAAUCUCCAGGAAACAUCACCAGAUGGUGGUCUUCAUGGAGCAUCACUUAAAGUAGCAUCAUUGUAGAAUACAGAAUAGGUCUCGCAGCUCUUCCCUCUUCAUUAUGAGAUUAUCUUAGAUGCAACUAGUAAGAAGCACUUCAAAUGUGUUGCUAAAAUUCUAUUCCAAUUUUAGCACAACCAUUUCAUUUUCUGCUCAGCGAGUCAUGUUUCAAGCUCCAUAUCCUACAAGUCUUGCUUCAGUACAAACUGACUCCAAAAAUAAUCCUAAGUAAAAUCUUAGUAAACCCAGUCUAAUUAGCAAUAUAUGUUUAUGUGGGUUUAAAACAAUUAUUAAAAAGAAAAAGAAGGGAAAAAAUGGGAUGAAAAUAACCUGCAGAUUGGUAGUAUCAUACUCAUAGGCACAACAUGUCAACUACAAAUUAACAAGAGCCAAAACUAACGUCUAAAAAAAUUAAAACAUUUGUACUUUCCUUACAAAUGUUGCUGAAAUAUUAAAGUAUUUCAUUUGGAUUUAUUCUGGUUCCUACACAAGUAGGGGAAAUUGGUCUUUGCUGCUUGACUGAGGAUGUAUUUGUUUUCACUGGUUCAGGAUGAGUGAUAACACCCUCUUUAACUGAACUUGUUGUUAGAGUCUGCACCACAAAGUGCAGCCAGGUAAACUAGUGAGAAUGUAAACUAAGCUGUUGUACCUCAGAAUGAGUUAGUGUAGAUGUCAUGCUCUCAAACGCAAAGGAGAAUUUAAUGAUGACCCAGCUAGCUAUAGAAGAGGCUUCAGUAAAUUAAGUAAAUUAAGCCAUAACGUUAAAAUAAAGACAUGUAGUAUAUUAAAUAGUUAAGCCACCAAUCAUUAAGCCCUAUACAAGACAGAAGAAAGAGGAAGCUAAGAUGCACAUAAUGCAUAUACUUGAGCAUUUUGUAACACCGUCACAAAAUAUUCACUUCUGCACACACUGCAGCAGAGCUUGUUCUAAAAGCUCUGUUAUGCUGUUUGUUGACUAGAGAACCAUCAUGAUCAGCUCACAUACAUUUUUACGCUAUAAACAUCUUUAGCUCCUUGCUCCCAUCUUCCACAAAUGAAAUGUCAGUAGAUUAUGAAGGGAAUCCAAUUUAACUAGAAAAUGAUUCAUAGAAAUAAAGACUACUGGAUGGUAGGACAAUAUAGUUGAAUCACAUAGUUUUUUAUUAUUUUCUUUUUCUUCUUUUCUUUUCAUAUCAUAUGUUAUGGAACUAUUGAUGUUGCACAGGUGCCAUUUGAAAAAAAGAGAGAGAAAAGAAAAGCUUGAUUGAUCUGGUGCAAUAUUCUGAUAUUUGGUAUGUCUAGACUUUCAGACUUCUAGGAGUAGCAGGAAGCACAAGUUAACUUGAAAUGGAUGUCUUUAUACUUCUUUGCUGGGGAGAGGGGUUAAACAGAAUCUCAAAGGUUUGUUCAUGUGUCCCUUGCAGAAUGUUGCAAAAAUGCAUAGAGAGCAGGAAAUGUAAGAGACUUGCAUAUCCUGUUGUCCCUGUAACUUUGAAUGUCUAAAACCACUCUCUGUUCCCCCUUGUAUUGCAGCUUUAAAGUUCUAGGAUGCAUUCAACAGACUGAAAGAGCACUGCUGUGGAAAGUAUUUUCUCUGUCAGUACUCCCUUAAGGAAAAAGAAAGAAGUCAAAGAUAUGUCAGAGAGAGAGAGUACCCAGCAUUGCUUCUCACAUGCACAAAAAGCUCUUUUAAUUCAUUUGCUCAUCCCAACUCUGUAGUCAAGUUAACACCACUCAUGCUCUUUCCCCAGCACAUGCAGUCUGAUGAAUCCUGCAGCAAAACAGGGUGAUAUUUUAUUUUUAUUAAAUACCUGUGAUGAAAGGAUUAGUAAUGUUUGCGUAUGUGUGGAAGUUUCUUCCACGGUAGCAGUUAAAACACAUUAGCCUAUGUCCAGCCCAGCUUCUGGAUUUCUCCUUGCAAUUGUUUGGUGUGCUUUCUUUUCAAUACAUAAACCCAUGUUUGUAGAAGAAAGCUUUGUGCAAACCUCACCCUGCUCAUUCAAGAGGAUGAUUGUAUGUACAAAGCAGAAGCUCAUUCCUGUAGUUGUUUACUGUGAUAUUGGGCCUCAGUACAUGCUUAGCCCCCCCCCCUUUUAAAAUAUAAAUAAAAAAGGUUAGUAAAAAGCAGUAAAAAAAUUGUCAAGCAGACACAUGUAUACAGUUUUGCACAGAGUAGUCCCCAUAAUUAUUUAAUUAAAAAAAUAGCAUGUGUCUGUAUGCUUAUAGGAUGACUUCCAAACAAAAAAUCCUUAAUUCUUUGAUAAUCCUUUUCUAUAUUAUCAUUGUACAAUUUGGGAUUUAUUGGGACUUGAUGUGGAUUGUGUUGGUUGUUGAAGAUUAUAACAUUUUACAGAGUUUAUUAGUCCUUAAACUGUGGGGUAUGUUUGCUUUCUUCUAUUUCUUACAUGAUAAUCUGUGCUCAUCUAGUUGAUAUCAUUGCUGUUCACAUUUUUAAACAACCACAAUUAUAUUUCUCCCGAUCAUGGAAAAAUAUGAAAAAUAUGAAAAAUAAAUGGAUUAGCUCCAAGUGGUACAACUGAGGAGUUAUUAUGCAUAAACUGUUGAAUAGUUAACUUGUGGCAAUCUGUUUGAUAAAUCAGGACACAUAACUACUAUUGUGUUGUUGCCAGAUUAACAUAUAGAGGAAGAAGUUUGCAGUUACUGUGUUGUAGGUAGUGAUGCUGGUUGGAGGUAGAGAUGUCUCAGUAUAGCUAAUAUGAAUGGCGGGGUGUUUUUUUAAACAAGAUUAGCUGGGAAAUUAGCUAUUCAAAAUUGAAAUGAAGUAGAUAGUUUCUGUGUUCUUCACUAUUCUUUAAGACUGUGUUUUGUUUUAGCUACAGAAGUCUUGAAAUCACCACUACUAAAGCUGGGCAGGUUUUGCUUUUUGGUAUUUUGCACAUUGUCAGAAUCAAUGCUCAACAUUAUGCUGACCAAAAUACCCAUCUCCCCAUACAACUGUGUGCACUUAAGAAUGUGUAUACCAAAAUAUGUAUUUACCUGGAUAAAAAAAAAUGCCUUAAUGCCUCAGUAUGCACUUAAUUUCAGUCUGAGGAAAAUAUUCCAUAUUUCAUAACUUGCAGUGAAAGGGUUUGGUUUUGGGGGGGAAUGGGGACUCCUAUUCCACCCCAAAAUGGUAUUCAACACAUUUAAGUAUUAUUUCACCAAGUAGACUGUGUCAAAAAUUCAAAGCCAUGGUGGAACUCUAAUGUGAGUUUCCAGGUGGGCCAAUUACUCUUUUGUAAGGAAACUGUAAGAAAAUGUUGCCUUCCAGAUCCAUUUCAAUCUAUUGGCUUUUUGCCAUUUGUUUCAGUACAGUGAUAAUUGCAUCUGGAAACUAUGGUAAACCUAAACAAAACUUUCACUAUUAAUCCUUGCUAGUAGAUAAUCAUGUCGUGUAAAACUGGCCCAGCCAAAAUAUAGCUCAUCAAGAUGAAUGUUGUCAACUGACUAUGUUCACCACAGUAAAGGGCCAUGCUUGCCUUGUUUUGCAGCUUUGAAAGGGAACCCUGUGAGUGUGGAAUGAAGGUAAAUUUACUUCAUUACACUUGUAUGGAGUUCAUUGAUGGUCACUCAGUGCACAAUUUGAGCACAAUUUCUUCUCUUCUUCCAUAAGAACAAUUCCCUGAGUUGGUCUUUCUAUACUUAGCAGGCAUUGGAGCUGCUUCUGGGUCUCUGUUCCAAAGCAAAUGAGUGCCUCUUUCUAGUGUGGAUGAGGAAACCUUAGUGGGAGAAAUGUGUUAGAGAAAGGGUUUGCCCCAUCAGAAACAGAAAGCAAUGUAACAA